UUCAGUGGGUAGGCCUACAGAUCCAAAUACACAUAAAACGUGGAUGAAAUUAUGAAUCUGGGGUAUAAUAUCGUGUUCUUUUUAUCAAUUGCCAUACAUCCCUCAGCUCAAGUUCCAUCGGAAUGUGGUGCGCCGCCGUCCUUUCCACACAUGCAAGUCAGGGACAAAUACCUGAGACAAAACAUAUUCAGCAAUGGAGAAAAAGUCCUCUACAGAUGCGCUGAGGGCUACACUCAGUACAGAGGCAUUCGCUCUAUCAUGUGUGAAGCUGGAAAAUGGACAAAGUUAUCCAUGAAGUGUGAAAAGAAAAUAUGUGGAUCUGCUGGGGAGUUGUUCAAUGGACACUUUGAUUAUAAAGGGGCUUCGUUCGGGGACAAGGCGUAUGCAGUGUGCAAUGAGGGGUUUACACUGAAGGGGGUGGAAUACAGAAUGUGUAAAGACUCUGGCUGGAGUGGAGAGAUUCCCACUUGUGAAGUGGGAGGUGAACCACAAGUGCUUCCAGCAGAAGUGACUUGCCCUGAUCCUUCCAUAGCCAACGGUGUGAAGCUGAGUGAGGCUGUCUCGGUGUACAGGGUCAGAGACUCAGUGACCUUCACCUGCUCUAAGGGUUUCCUCCUGACUGGAGCCCAGCAGCUCACCUGUGGACCAGAUGGCCAGUGGCAGCCCCAGCUCCCACUCUGUCAGGCCUCUAAUGAUAUAACUCAAAGCUCCAAGCCUGAUGGCAGAUGUGGAGUGCCACGGUACCUCCCCAACGCACACCUUUCUGACAGGUAUAUAACACAGACAGACUUUGGUCCUGGUGAACGGGUCAGUUACAGUUGUGCCUUGGGAUACAUGAGAAAAAGAGGCACUUACUAUAGUACCUGUGUCAGUGGGAAGUGGACGCCAGUAACUCUGAGAUGUGAACGCAAAUCAUGUGGAUCGGCUGGAGAGAUCUCUUAUGGUAAUUUCGUCUAUACCGGUGUAGAGUUUGGGGAUACAGCCACAGGGGUUUGUAAUGAGGGGUAUCAACUGGUUGGACGGGAUGUAAGAAAUUGCAUGUCUGAUGGCUGGGAUGGGCGUGUUCCGAUCUGUGAAGCUGUGCAGUGUGCUGAACUUCCUGAGGUGGUAAAUGGAGAGACAAAUGGCUAUUUGGAACCACCUUACUUUUACAGCACUGUGAUUGGCUAUCGAUGUCGUGUAGGGACACUAAUUGGAGCGAGGGAGAUCUACUGUACCAAAAAUGGGACAUGGAGUGAUCCACCUCCAAAGUGCAAAGGGGCGUGGUGAUGGAUGGACCAGGGAAUUGGACUUCUGCCCUUCCCACAUGUAAAUACCGGAAGUAAUGAAAGUCAGCUACAAUUGAUCAUUAUCCUGAAUGGCAUCAACUCAACAACUUUACCAUAAUAACUUUUACCAUAAUAAUUCAACUCAAUCCAUUUUACCUUAGGGCAUUUCCAACAAAAGGACCCAUGAGCACCAACAUGUGAAAUUCAUAGGAUCAUGUCAAAUUGGGUGUCAAAUGAAAGCUAAGAGUCUAUUAUACAAAUAUUUAUUAAGACAUAUAUACAACCAUUUUCCAUCCUAAAAAUGUGGAAUAAGCAAAGGCUUUGAUUUCUGGUCAGAUAUAUGGAAAAGGGAUCUUAGACAACAUCUACCAGAAAAAGUCUUAAAAGUUAUUUGAAAUACAGCCAAACACAAUAAUAUUGAACCCAUGCCAACUAAUAUCAACACAUAUUUCGUUUUGGAGAAAUUAUUUAGUUUAAGAAACAUUGCCUUGUGACUUGUAAUUUCGUUACCAAAAACCGACACAUCUUUAAGAUAUUUUCUAAUUUCUCUCCCUCAUGAGGAGGAAGGAUAAUGAAAGUUCAAAGAAUUAACAAGUAAAGGUAAACCUACCAAUUAGUUUAAAUAUGUUUUAUUGUCACAUACACCGGAUAGGUGCAAUGAAAUGUGUUGUUUUACUGGGUCAGCCAUAGUAUCGGGAUGCCCCUGGAGCAAAUUAGGGUUAAGUGCCUUGCUCAAGGGUACAUUGACAGAUUUUACACCUUGUUGGCUUAGGUAUUCAAACCAGCAACCUUUCGGUUACUGGCCAAAUGCUCUAACCGCUAGGCUACCUGUCACCCUUCAGGAUACAUCACCAUGAAGAGAAUGAUAUUCAUAUCCAUAGUUUUGCAUUUCCACUCUUUCUGCAGACAUAUUUGAAUCUUAAUUCGGAGUAGAUAUUUAGUUUUUGGAAAAAGUGGUCGCAUAAAAAACUGAGGGAGAAUUUACCGUAAUUCUGUAUCCAAACUUUGCAUCUGCACAGUUCUUCCAGUAAAUGUGUGUCUGUGAGAUUUGUUGUGUAAAUUGCUCAAAGUAGUC